UAUUAGUUGGUUUAAGUUGGGUGAAGAGAUGGAGAGUGUCGAUCCUGAAGUAAAUAGUGACUAUUAUUUGGAAUUAUCCGAUAAUCCUGUUCGUUUUGAUCCGCACAAUACUAGAACUGAUGUUUUCUUCGACGAUUCCAAACAGCAGGUAUUUGCCGUUAGUUUGGGCAAUGUCAUGGUCAAGGGACCUGAUCAAAAUUUGAGCUUCCGUAUGGAGAACAAGAAACCCGUCUUGUCGAUAAAGUUCUCACCCGACAUGAGUAUACUCGCAAUACAGCGAACCAUGUCCUCCGUUGAAUUUGCAAAUUUUUCUCCAGAAUCAGGUCUGGAUAAAGUAGAAUAUUCCCAAAGUCGUAAAGGAAAGAAUGCCUGUAUUUAUGGAUUUACAUGGACACAUGGAUAUGAGAUUCUUUUGGUUACGGAUCAUGGAGUAGAGUUAUUUCAGGUUAUUCCAGAGAAGCACAUGGUCAAAGCAUUGAAGUCGUUGAGUUUAGAAGCGCACUGGUUCGUAUACUGUCGACAAAGUAAUUUGGUUCUGUUACCCUGUGGCUCGUUGGGAAAUCAAAUGCAAGUGGUGCAUGUUACACCUAAAAAUCUUCUGAAGCUCCCCAAGUUUGAAAUGGAAGCCAGCUCGGUAAAACCAGGAAAGUUAGCUGUUUCUGAGAGAGACAUAGCUUUGGCAGUUUUAUAUGGAAUACCUAGAAUAAUUAUGCUACGUCAUCAGCCAGGCGUCAAUCGUUCAUCAGGAACAGCAUUUGUCUACGUAUAUACAAUUCACAAAAUGAUGACGAUACAAAAGACUCACAUUUUGAAAUUGGACACGAGUGGUAGAUUUGCCAUUAAUAUUGUUGAUAACUUAAUCAUUGUGCACCAUCAAGCCUCCAAAACUUCAAUGAUUUUUGAUAUCAUGUUGCCUGGUGUAAGCGAUGGGACAGUGAUACACCAUACUCAUGUAGCAGUGCCAAAACCAAUUAAACCAUACAUCUUGCCUACCAUCGAAUCAUCAUCAUCGGAACUUUCUGCCGAACCUUGUCAGCUUUAUUCGCCCAACUGGGUUGUUUUUCAGCCCAAUAUUGUCAUUGAUGCAAUAUUAGGCUGCUUCUGGUAUAUUCAGCUAAGGCUAGAAGCACUGGUCAAUCUCAUUACGGAUAAAGUACUGCUCAUUGAGUUUUUAAUGCAGCGCAAAGAUGCGAAGAAUGUUUUAGUACAAGUACUGCAAAAUCUCAUGAUGGAGAUGCCAGUUACAUUGAUGGACAUGCCAACGAUCUUUGGUAAACUAAAUGCCGUUUAUCGAAGCCAUCUUGAGAACGAGAUUCAAAGCCAAAUGGGCACACCUUUACAGAAUAACAUGAAAUGUCCGACCACUGUAUCGGAAAGCCUCACGCAUAAAAUGCUACUAGACCAAAGUGACAUGUAUAGUCAUGUAUUGUCUAAAUUUAACGAGGAUAAAAUUCAGCCUAAAAUGUUGGUCUGGAUACUAUUAGAAUAUAUCAGAUCAUUAGUGGAACAUGGCAUUCCGGUGCAACAUUACCUUUACGAGUUACUCAUCACAACACUGGUUCGACGAAAGGCAUACUAUCAGCUUCAUCAGUUAUUGCAGUAUCACGUAGUCACCGAUUCGAAGCCAUUGGCAUGCCUUCUACUGUCUCUUGAAAACUUGUAUCCAGCAGCUCUUCAGCUUGCAUUAGACAUGUUAAAGCGUCUUGGAAAUGCCCAUGAAGAGAUAAUCGAGGUUCUCCUCUCGAAAAAGCACAUUCUCCCUGCAUUAAGGUAUGUUCGAUCGGUUGGAAUGGCAGACCAAGCGUCUGCUAGGAAAUUUCUCGAAGCUGCAAAAGCUUCUGACGAUCCUGUGAUCUUUCACUCGGUGUUCAAGUUCUUUGAGCAGCGCAAUAUGAGACUGCACAAUACCAUGACGUUUACUCGGGGAGAACAUUGUCAAACGUAUGUGCAACAUUUUAAACAAUUGUUCCAUGGGUCUGACUAUCACUGCAAUUCGGAUACGGAUUCGAAUAUGUCAACCGUCUCGAGCUAAGACUGCGUAAUAAUUCUCUCUCAGUAUGUAAGAAAAUCCUAACAUUAUUGUACAUUUUCAAGCUAUAGGUGCUCGAUUUCUUGUAGAAACGAAAACGUGUACGUUAGGAAUAAACAAGUCCUCCCGAUACAUUCUGUAUCCUGAAACCAUCCAAGAGUACAAUGAAGACGCCUCCACCAGUCCAUCUGAAAUGUAUUUAUUGACGUAUUUUAAAUCA